AACCGAGGGUGGUGGAGUGGAGACCCCAGCCCAGAAACAUGGAAAAUGUCAAAGCUUGAAUCAAAAGGAAACAUCAUAGAAGCAAGAACGCCUUUACAAGACAAGAAAGUCUUCCCUCUUCGUAUUUUUUCCAUCAUCUAUUUAUUUAUUCAUCUCCCCAUCUUCAUCUCAAUUCUCGAUUCACAAGUCUCACAGCUAUAUCACCAAUCUUCCUGUCUUCAAGCUUCAAGCUUCAAUAUCAGAAUGGCAACAGAUACGUCUCUCAGACAAAGAUCGAGGACCAACAACGAGACACCGAUCACAGAGACACCCAGCUCGUCAGAUGAUGAAAAGAAGCCUCCAAUUGCAACAGAUUCCUCAGCGUAUCCCUCGAUCUCGCAACGAGCCAUCAGCCAGACCUUGGCAAGCACUGCACAUUUGGCCAACCUCCUCCCCACCGGCACCCUCUUGGCCUUCCAGCUCCUUGUCCCGACUUUCACCAACAACGGAACCUGUGAUUCUGUCACUCGCCCCUUGACGCUGAUCUUGUUGUUGGUACUGGCUGUUUCUUGUUCCCUGGCUUCCUUCACCGACAGCUUCAAAGCUCCAGAUGGAAAGGUCUAUCAUGGUAUAGCCACCUGGAAGGGCAUGUGGCUCUUUGACUACACAGGCUCAAGCGUUCCUGAUCUCAGAAACUACCGGCUCAGGUCCAUUGACUUUGUCCAUGCAGUUCUAUCAGUCUUUGUUUUCGGUACCGUCGCGCUGAGAGACAAGAAUAUUUUGAGUUGCUUCUAUCCAUCGCCUGCACACGAGACCCAAGAAGUUCUCGACAUAGUUCCCCUUGCUAUCGGUCUCUUUUGCAGCCUGCUGUUUGUGGUUUUCCCCACCACAAGACAUGGUAUAGGUUACCCUGUGACUUCAGGGAACUGAUUUAUUCAUUUGUUCUUAAUUUUCUUGAUCUCUUCUGUAACCAACCAAUAGGGAGACAUUCAAAAAAAAUCAAAAAUAUCAAACACCUUUUAUCAUUUAUACAAUGAUCGGUCUCUCCAUGGGUCCAAGCUGAUGGCAGUAGCAAAAAUUUACUUGGUUACAUAUGUCAUUAAAUAAAUAACACCAAAAGCACAUUCUAAUUUAA